CGUCAGUGGUAGCCACGCUGCCGGUUUGGCUACACUAGCUCUGGCUGCAUGGAAACCCCGGGACACGCAGUGAAUGAAAGUUAACUCUGAAGAAAUAUUCCCACAACAUCACACGUCCAUUGUGUUUCCCUUGAGCUGCAAUGUCCACUAAACUAUUGUCUGUAAACAACACCGUUUUCAAAUGUUUGAAAACUUUCCAAGACCGCUCAGCUCGAGGGUUUAGCAUUGGAGCUGCUUCCCUUGGUUCGGUAAAUUUAAAGGGUCGAAGCUGUCUCACUCUGAAAGACUUCAGUUCAGAGGAAAUCAAGAGGCUGUUGUGGGUGUCAGGGGAUCUAAAACUUCGGAUCAAGCAUGAAAAACAGUAUCUUCCUCUUCUGCAAGGAAAGUCAAUUGCUAUGAUAUUUGAGAAGAGGAGCACCAGAACAAGAAUGUCCACAGAAACAGGUUUUGCUUUGCUGGGUGGGCACCCCUGUUUCCUCACCUCUCAGGACAUCCACCUGGGAGUGAAUGAGAGUGUCACAGACACAGCAAGGGUUCUCUCAGGACUCUGCGAUAUUGUCUUGGCACGAGUGUAUAGCCACUCCACACUGGAGGAGCUGGAUAAGGAGGCCUCCAUCCCCAUCAUUAACGGUCUGUCUGAUCUCUACCACCCAAUCCAGAUUCUGGCUGACUUCCUCACCUUACAGGAGCAUUAUGGGUCCCUUAAUGGACUAACAGUGAGCUGGAUUGGAGAUGGAAACAACGUCCUCCACUCCUUCAUGAUGACUGCAGCUAAAUUGGGAGUUCAUCUUAAGAUUGCUACACCAAAGGGCUAUGAGCCAGAAAAGAGUGUUAUUCAAGAGGCACAAAGACUCUCCAAAGAGCAUGGUACCCAGCUUGUUCUGACCUCUGACCCGAUGGAGGCCGCCCAUGGCAGCAAUGUUUUGGUCACUGACACAUGGGUCAGCAUGGGACAAGAGGAGGAGAAGAAAAAGAGGCUCAAAGACUUUAAAGGUUACCAGAUUACAUUGCAGACAGGAAGUGUGGCCAAACCAGACUGGACCUUCCUGCAUUGUCUCCCCCGGAAAAUGGAGGAGGUAGAUGACGAGGUUUUCUACUCACCUCACUCCCUCGUCUUCCAAGAGGCAGAGAACAGAAAGUGGACAAUUAUGGGUCUGAUGGUGUCUCUUCUGACUGACUACACUCCACAGAUCCCCAUGCUGAAGUUUUAACUUCAGGCCCAGUUUUACUUGCGUGUUGUGAUGUUUGACAGUUCUACUGCAGGUGUUUCUGCAUUGUUCAAUGUCAGAUUUAAAUCAAUGAUAGCACCAUCCCAACACUAGAUGGAUUACCCAAAAGAAAUUGUUUUAAAUCACUUUCUGAUUUAGAGCAUGGAUGGUCUUGUUUUCCUUGUCUCACUGUUUACAUUCUACAUUCACUGUUCUGGAGAGCGAGGAUUGUGGCGAGCAGGAGUUUUACAGGGUAAAUGUAUUUGCUAGACAUGUUACUGAAAAGGAAAAAGAUUACUAAGCCUUCCUCAUUUUUUUUUUAAUGUUGUCUUGACUUAACAACAUUCUCAAAGAUGAUCGGAAACUUGAAGGAGAAAAACGCAAUCA